AUGAUCGUACUCGUUUCAAUUUUGACACUUCUCCUGAUUCUCUGGAAGUAUGUUCCUCAUUAUGCCAAAAAUCACAGGAAACACGUAAAAAUGUUCAGAUACAUCGACUUCAUCCUCUCCCGUAUCAUCUCAUGCAUCACAAAAUGUGAAGUUCGUAUUGGCGGUGUCGGAUUUGUUCGCCUUGAAGAUGUCACUAUCAGAAUCGCGUGGCUCUCAAUUCAUAUCGAUGUCAUCUCAUUACGAAGAGACGCCGCUCACCCAACACGUUUCUGUAUUUUAAGACUAGAUGACGUCAGAAUUGAAGCCGAAAAAGAUUCUGGACCUACUGGGGAAACUUCACGAUCGUCCACAUCACCAGGAGCCUCACUAUGGAUUCAACGUUUCACCCGAAUCGCUCAAUACUGUGGUUUAGUGGUCAAUCGUGUUCAUAUUGUUGUCAUGAAUACAAUUCCGGACUGUUUAUUACAUGUCACAAUAGAUGAGUUGUCACUUGAAACAUUCAGAAGUCGCGAAGGAUGGCAAUUUGAAACAUCUUGUUCGCUGAUUCAAGGAAAACUUCUUCGAAGAAAUUCAAGAAGUGGAAGUCUUUUGGCUGAAGUAUCGAUGCCAUUCCAGUUGUCACUUGAUAUUGACAAGGAUAUCAUUGAGAAUGUUUCACUUAGAAUUUCCACUCCAUCAUUCGCUUUUACUGAUGAUUUUCUGCACGUUUUGGAGGGGAUUGUUGCAGCUAAAAAUGCUGGAAACAAGAAGAGUCCUAAAGAUCCAGAAGACGUCAUCCCGGCCCAACCCAAGAAUCUUAUAGAAAAACUGAUUCAAUUAAAUGUGGAUAUUCGAUCUAUUUCCAUCAAAUACACGGUUUCAUGUGGAGCUGAAAGUCACGGCGGUACUGAGAAUCGAUAUAUCACAACCAAUAUCAAGCAAAUUCUGGCAACUCGAAGCAGUUUUCAAGUAACAGAAUUGAAUAUAGCUGAUCAACUUCUUCGUUCUGAAAUAAAGCUAAAUUCAGUUCAAUACGAAAUGCAAAAAGAAGAAUCAGACCCUGGAAUUCGACAAAUAAGAUCUGGAAUCGAAGGAAUUCAUGCGAAAAUAUCAUUCCAUGAUUUACAAUGGUGGAAGAUUAAUUUUGAGAAGGAGGAGAAGAUUCUGAAGUUUCUCAAGAGAAUAAACGAUAAUUCUGAGAAAAUAGAGCAACAGAAAAUGGAGAGUCUUCAAAAUGUCAAUACAAAUAUUUCAUUCGAAAUCUCCGAUUUCUGCUGUGACAUUCUGGACUUUGACCAUCACAAAUCUCAAGCCAAGAUGGGAUUUCUAAGUUUUGACAAGGUAUUUUCGUUGCCUUCUGAAUCCUCUGAGUCAUCCGAAUCCUCUGAAUCCUCAGUCUCCCAAUUUCCUCGAUAUGAAGUGGGAGUGGAGCUUCUUUUCUUUGGUACCGUACCUCCUGAUAGUCCACAAUUUGAAUUACAUCGAUGGGGAGAGUCAGUUUUCGUUGGAGCUUUGAUUGUCCAGUGGAGUAUUACUCAAAACUUAAUUGAUAUUACUGUUGGAUGUGAUGACUUGAAAUUCGAAUGGUCUGAUCGGUUGGCUCGGCAAAUCGAAGGAGUUCUAAAUGGAAUGAUGAUUGAGAGAAAUGUGGAGCAAAAUUCGAAACCCGAAGUGAGAAGAAGUGAUAUGAAAUGCGUAGCGAUUCAGGUGUCAGUUAAUAGAGUAGCUGCUCUGGUAGAUGUAUCUAACAAAUCAUUUGGUGCUCUCACAUCAUCGAAACUCGAAUUAGUAACCGAAAACUUCCAAAAUGAUCGCCUCUUCAAAAUCGAAAUGAUCCGUGGAGCAACAGGACUUCGAUCUGGGAAAGAUCAUAUCUACCUCGCUGAUAUAUUCGAGUCAGAACGAAUAAGACCACAUAAUUCUGAAGAUGAAGAAGAGAAGCAUGGCUCGCCGACAAGAAGAUGGAGUCAAUUGGAACGAGAAAAGAAUUAUAAGGAGGAAAGAGAAAAUAGAGAAAAAGGAAUGUAUUUUAAGCAGUUCAUUUCCGUGGAUUAUCUCGAAGUUUCGGUGGAUAAAGAGGCUCCAGUUAUUGAUAAGAUUUCACUAUUUACACCGAACGAAAUCUAUUUGGCAUGGUCUCCGCAGCUACAUCUCAUCGGGUUUCAUGCAUUCAAAUCUGUUAAAGGAACGAUUCAACUCUUGGCCUCAUCAACAACGUCUAAAAAACCAACACGCCAGGUUCCUCGGAAGAAACAUAUAAUUCUAACAGCCGAUGAUUUUGUUGAAGUUCAAAUUGAACUUGCUCGAAAUCAUAGAAUGUUCUGGCAAGGAGAAAAGUUCAAUCUGGAAAGAUUCGAUAAUCAGAUGAGAAUGUCAACUGAAAUGCUAUAUAUUUUGAUGAAUGAACAAAGAGUAAUAAGCGUGUUGAAUGCAUCGAUAGUCGUUCAGAAUCACGAUGAAAUGAUGUCACAGUCACGUGAUGCAUUUUCCACGUUACAAGCAAAAUAUAAUAAAGUUUGGAAUUGGACUGCUGACAAGUUUCAUUUUCGACUUCCAUUUGACUUUAAUUUUGCUGAAAUUUUCACGGAAUUCUCGAAUAUUAUCAAGUGGAUCAAAGUUGUUCAUGAAGUCAAGAAGUCAGAAUUCACUGAAAACUCCCCGUUGCCAAGUGAUGUUCGAAUCGAAUUUCAUGAAGUUUGUCUAGAAUUAGAAGAUGAUGAAUUUGAGAAUCGACUGAAAUUGAGUGCACAAUUGAAAGAAGAUGAGGUGUAUGAAUCAGAAAGAAGAGAGCAAUUAUUGGAAGAACGACUAUUCAAUUUGAAGAAGACUGCACCGUUUUUAUCGAAAGAAAUGAUCGAAACCAUCAAACAGACAUUAUUCGAAAAAAACAGUGAGAUCUACAUUGAACGAUGGAAAAUGACGGAAAUCAGUGAUGCUCCUCUAUUUCUUUCGAAAUGGAAAGGAUGGAGUAUGAGAGCAUUUGCAGAUAUUUCACUUCAUGGAACUGAGAAGUGUAUUCAAAUGAUGAAGGCUUUCGAUCCGUUGAGUCCAAUACCUGAACAGAAAUAUUCGACACUAUGGGCACGAGCAGUGGAAUUUGAUGUGGAUGAAUGGACAGUUACAUUCAAAGAUUAUCCAAUGAACUAUCUCGAUAUCAAGGAUCUUCAUUUCUUCGGAACUUUAGUUGCUGCAGAAAGUAUUGCAGACGAUGGACGGUGUCUACGAGAAUGCACAAUCCCUCUUCCAGAACCAUUUCCAACUCAUACUGUACAAAGGAACAUGUCACCACUGAAAUUUUAUUAUGAUCUUCAAUGUGCAACCACUGAAUACAACUGUACAUAUGGGCCGUGUUGGGAACCAUGUCUAUCGAUGAUAUCUCUCGUUUGGAAUAGUAUAUCAGCCCCAUCAAUCGAUCCCUCUCAGCCACUUCCAUUCUGGGAUAAAAUGAGAUUUCUUCUUCACGGAAAACUAUUGUGGUCGAGUGAAAAACUAGUGACAACAAUGUUAGCAUCAAAUGACCCAUAUAAUGAGACUGAAACUGUUGAAAUGUUAUGGGAAGACUUCGGAUUGGAUUGGGCUCUCGGAGAGAUUCGAAUCAAGUCUGGAUUGAAAAUCUUCUUGAGAACAGCUUCGAGAUAUGAUGAUUCACAAAUUCUAUCACUUCCUGAUGUUCGACUGAAAGUAUUGUUGGGAUGGGAAUGUGGAGGUGAUCCACAUGAACAUCACGCUGUUCAGUUAUGUGCUCCACACCGGUUACCUCAUUAUUCUUCGACAGAAGAACACGACUCGUAUCGUCAAUUCCGUUCGUCAUGUGUCAAUGUGACUCUCAAUUUUGACGUCUCUCCGGGUAGUUGCACUUCGAAUGAAAAGAUGCCAAAUCUUCUUCUAUACUCGAACACUUUCCGAUGGAUUGAACAGUUCUUGAAGUCUCUAACAACCAAAAAUCGUAAUGUUCGUCGUGGGAAAGUGUUUGGAAAUAGGGUUUUGUUGAAACCUCAACUCAGUAAACACUUCGGAAAACUACAAUUUUCAUUUUCCCUUCCAAAAGUAUUAGUGACUUACUGGAUGUCUCAUUCUUCAUCUUACGGAUUCCGUGUGUUCUCUGAUGGACUCCAAUUAACUGCUUCAUUCAGACAAACUGUUCAGCACUCAUCGGUUAAUAGAGAAAUGAAUGUACAACGCCGAAAAGUGUACUCCUGGAGUACUCAUCACAUGACUUGUACUUGGUGGGCCACACAAAUCCACGUUUAUGGAGGAGAAUCUCGUCCACCCAGUGAUGGAUCACCCUCGGAAGACACAUUUUUAUUAGGAUUCGGACGAGUUCAAUACGCUCGAGAAACGUUCCCAGGAAAAGAUGUUCCGUUACAUAAAGUGACUGCAUUUGACCUGAAAAUGGCAUGGACGGCAGAGAACCGAGAUGCUUGUUUGACGAUUGCAGAUGGAGUUCAUAGAGCUCAUAUGCUUCGAAGAAUUCUGAGUAAUGACGCUGUGAAGACGCUGAAUGUGCACUUAGAAGAGCUAGUUGACACGAAGCCAAAAGAUCCAACACCGAAAAAAGAGGAACAUCAGAAAACUCACAGGAGAGGAUAUAGUGUUACAGAGGCGAAUCCGUGGAUGUUGACUCAAUUAAUUGAUGAAGUUGGAACGAAACUAGUGGCACAUUGUGAACAAGCAUCAGAUGUACCGAUUGAUUCAUUAAUUGGAGUACACCAAUCAACGAUGGAUGAUGUAAAGUUAAUUAAUUGGCAGAUCGAUCUCUUUAACAGUCAACUGGUUCUGAAAGGAUGUGAACGAGAUGGAUUUUUGUUAGUCUGUGCGGCAAAAUCACAGCUUCUUCAAAACUUCCACCGAAACGUCUGGAAGCGAAGUCUCCUUCUGAGUAAGAAAUCGUGGAGUGCCAAGCUCUCCGGCAUGCAAUACUUCGCUCCGAUAUCUCUGUCAGCUUCUGGAACAAAUAAAGAAAAAUUCCGUUGGCUUCCCAGAGAAGUGAUUGAUGAUAAAACUCAAGACGCUUCUGGAUUCGCAGAUGAUUUCGUUCAGAAGUUCACAGCUGCUGGUGAGGCAGUUGGAGGAGUGGUGCAGUCAGAAGUUCCUGAGAAGAAUUCAGAAGAAAAUAUUCAGCUGCAAAGAAUUGUAUCGAGAUGUAGCUGUCAAAUCUACUUCUGUUAUUUCUCGGAUGAACUGAAAACGGAUUCAUCUGAAGACAUUUCAGUACCACCACAAGUUGAUCCAAAACAUCAAACAUUGGACGCCGAUGCAGUUGGAAUAGAUGUUUUGACUCUCAAGCACAAUAUGUUAGAAGCUACUUCGAAUUCAGAACAAUACGAGAUGGUCGUAGAUAUUGUGAACAAUUUGGCACUUUUUGUUGAUCCGAAUAAAAAAGAAAUGGGUGAAAAACGACGAAGAUUGAGAUUUGAGUGUCAAUUGAUGGGAAUGGCUGAAAUGAGAGCAAAGAUUAUGAGAUAUCAGUCGGAGUUGAGAGAGAUUGUAUCCCUUGGAAGAUAUUUGGAAAGGCAAUUAUUCUAUUUGAAUAAUCAAGGAAAUCAGGCAGAUAACAGUUCUGCAUCGGAUCAGAUCAUCGAAUACACAGAGGAGCAACUCGUUCAAGAAGCAGAAGAAACUAAACAGCGAAUGCUUACUGUAUCUGAGAAACUUGCCACAUAUAUCAGUUCGUACAAGCAACGACAAGUUAAUCAAGUAAAGGAAUACGACGAGAAGAGUGCAAAGAAGGGUGUGGAGGUUGUCAGAAGGUUCGAAGUCUGUUUUGAAGACUGCAUUUGGAAGUUAACAGAAUCUGAUGGACAGAUCGCUUUGGCUCAAACUCAAAUUCGUAAUUUCCUUUACACGAGAACUGUUCGUGACAGUAAUUGUGGUGAUCAUUUGUUCGAAGUUGGAAGUGUUCGAAUCACAAAUCUUCUUCCCGAUACACUUUAUAAGCAUGCAUUACAUAGAGAUGAAACUCAUCAUUCUCGACAACCAGCAAUUCGAUUAUAUGUUCGAGAUAUGCCACCAGUUGGAGGGAUUUCAGUUAAAGAGCAUUUUGAAUUGAACAUUGCUCCAAUGGUGGCGGAAAUUACACAUCGAUUGUUUGAUAAAAUGAUGAGAUUCUUCUUCCCUGGAAGAAAUAUUCAUACUAAUGAUAGUCUAGAAAGUGAGGAAGAUAAUUCGACAUUCUCAUUCACUCGAAAAAUUGCAAGUACAUUAAGCAUGAGAAGUAACAAAUCUGCAUCUGAAAAACUAAUGCUCCAGAAGUCCCUUUACGAGAAAGAUGAUAUAGAUCGAAUGAAGGAACGAGCUGACAAAGUGAAUCAUUUCAUGUAUAUCAAAAUUCCAGAAGUUUCUUUUGUUGUAUCAUAUAAAGGGAACAAAGACAAAAAUCUGAUUGAUGUCAAUCAAUUUAACUUUAUCUUCCCGCUUUGUGAAUAUCAUGAACAGAACUGGACAUGGCUCGAUCUCGCCUUAGCUGUGAAACAGAGAUGUAAACGUGUUCUGUUGCAACAAUUUAUGAGGCAGAAGCUUCUGAGAAAUCGAAUUUCCAAUUUUUCGAUUGAUCCCACUCCCCAAGGAGUAAGUGAGGAUGAGAAGAAACGAAUUGCUGUUGGAAUCACAACAUCCGAUCAGAAAUCGCUCAAAGCUCCCAAAUGA